AUGGCCCGUCGUUUCCUUCAAGGGCAAAAUGUCACCUUCGGGUUGAGUAUGAUUUUGUUCACCUUCAUGUUCCUGCCCACCUUCUUAAUCCUGACUGCUGUGGUCGUCUUCUUCCUACUUGCGUACCCUCGUCUACGAAAAUCCAUAGACGGCGAGCAAGGGGUUACGCCAAGAGAAGCGCAAUUGGAGACUUGA